AUGGGUAAUCAAAAAUCAAAAACAGCUGCUGCGAUUGAACCCACAGGUAGCACCACUACGUCAACUGCUACUGUGUCACGUCGUCGUGCUAGUCGAAUGGUUCAGAACUUUCUUCUCGUCUGGCUCGAUGCCAAUAUUGAUGAAUCGAAGAAAGAGUUUAAAAAUGCAUUGGCACAAUUACGGCAAACUGUCGUCACAGUUAUGACAUUUACCGAUGCUGACGAAUGCAUCCAAUUCAUCAUGGAAGUUAAUGAUGAAAAAGUAUUUUUAAUUAUUUCUGGCUCACUCGGACAACAUAUUGUACCGAAAAUCGAUGCAUUGCCACAAGUCGAUUCCAUUUAUAUAUAUUGUAGGAAUCGAUCUGUGCAUGAACAAUGGGCCAAAACGAUGUCGAAGGUAAAGGGUGUUCAUACAGAGAUCAAUUCGAUUUGUAAGGCAUUACAAAUCGAUCGAAGAAAUUGUGAUCAAGAUAUGAUCUCGAUCAGUUUUAAUCAUAUUGAUCCAUUAUUUAUGUAUACACAAUUCUUAAAAGAAGCACUUUUGGAUAUAGAGGAUGACGAUGCGAAAUCGAUUAAAGAACUUGCUGAGUACUGUCGCCUUCAAGAUGAUGCUUCCCCAAAAACAAUUGAAAUGAUCGAACGAGAAUAUCCAUUGAAUCGUUUUGUUGAAUUACGUUUUGAUCCUGUACGCCGAGAACAUCAUGGAAAUUAUACAUGUUUAGCAAAAAAUCUAGCAGAUAUUACAUCAACUGUUGCUAAUCUUUUUGUUGAAUAUAAACCUGUUUUUAUGGGGCCAGAGAAAUCAGUUAUAUUCAGUGUUCCUAACUAUCGCGCCAUUAUGAAAUGUCAAUUUGAUAGUUAUCCUCCUCCAACAAUUCAAUGGGUAAGAAUGCCUCGAAGAAUAAAAGAUCUUGAUAGUGGCCACAUACUUGUACAAGAUAAUGAUCCACAAGUAAUCGAUAUAUUAACUAGACAAAUUGGUCCAACACUUUAUGAAACACAAUUAACUUAUAAUCCAUUGGAACAAGACUUUGGUUUAAUUUUCGAAUGUCGUGCUAUUAAUCCUCGAAUAGGAAGAUAUUCAAUGAAUCUUCGACGUGCUGAACCUCCGCAACAAGUUCGUGUAGUUGAAGUUAAACCAAGAUCAAAUUCAAUUCAAUUAAAUAUUCAACCACCAUUAGAAAUAGGUGGUUUACCUUUACUUGAAUAUUUGGUUAAUUAUGAGCAAAUUGGUGUUCCUCAUUCACUCAAAACAUUCACUUUUCCUGUUACAUCGAAUGAACCACAAUCUCUUCUUAUUGAAUCUCUUCAACCAUCAACUUUAUAUCGAAUGCAAAUAAUGGCAAAAUCUCGUGCUGGUGAAGGUUCUCCUUCUAUACCUUAUCAAUUGAAAACACUCGAUCGACAAGUUCCACAAUUUAAAAUUCUUUCAUCAGAUAUAUCAUGUCUUGAUGAUCAAUCUUGUUUAAUUAAAUGGAUUAUUGAAUCUGAUGGUGGUUCACCUAUUUCACGAACUGAAAUAUCUUAUGCUAAAGUUCGCGGUGUAAAUGAAGUAAAGCAAUGGAGUCCUGCAAUUCAAAUUGAACCAUUGAUCAGUGAAUUUGAAUUGAAAGAACUUCAAUCAGAUACAAAUUAUUUGAUUAAAGUUCGUCUAUUCAAUGAAGCUGGUGUCGGUGAACAAACGAUUUCAAAGAAAACUAGUCAAUCACGUAUAGAUCCUCGUUCGAUUUUAUCUGAUAAACGAUCUAAUAGUCGAUAUCCAAGUAAAUGGGUUAUUAUUGGAACAGUAUCGAGUAUUAUUAUCAUUCUUGCUAUUACUAUUUUUGCUAUUAUCGCCAUUCGAAGCCGAUUUAAAUCUAAUCAAAAUCAUCGAAAUUCAUCUAGUUCGCGUUCAAUUCCUCCAAGUAGACGAAACAAUCAUACUGACCAGUGUAAUCAAGGAGCUGAGACUCCAUUACGUGAUGACGGAAAACAAUAA